AUUCGAAAGUAACUUGACAAUUAGGAUGAGCUGUGCCUUGGACACCAAGUGUUUUGCCGUUCAGAUGAAACUCACUUUGCUGGAUGAAAAUUUCCUUUACUACUCUAUAUCUGCGAAAACAAAGGCUGGGAAGAUACUCAACAAUGUCGUUACUCAUCUUAAAAUAACUCACCCUCAGUAUUUCGGGAUUAAAGUCCAGGAUAGAAUGCACAACUGGCAUUGGCUUCAUCUUCAGAAAAAUAUCUUGUGUCAAAUGAAAUUACUUGAUAGCCCACCAGUCGUAGAACAAUCUGUGAAACAAGCAUCAAAUCGUCAAGAUCCUCAGUGUAUACCAUCAAGAAAUGUGAUUCCAGUUGAAUCACAGCCGAUGACUAGCCUAACGGAAAAGUUCAUUUCUUCGUUUCGAACAUGUGGUCUAAAAUCUUGUGCAUCGACAUCAAGACCUGGAUCAACUCAUGCCUAUGUUAAAAAUGUUUACAAACCACUUACUUUAAUUUAUCAAGCUUAUCUUGGUAUCAAAUAUUACCCUCCAGAUCCAACAAUUAUUGCAGAUGAACAAACAAGAUAUCAAAUUUUUAUUCAAGUCCGAAAUGAUUUAAUUAGUGGACGAAUGCAGGUUGAUGAAAAUCUGUUUGUCACAUUAUGUGGAUUAAUUUUACAAUCUGACUGUGGUGACUACGGCGCAGAUCGUUUAGGAUCGAAUUAUGUAAAGCAGUUGUUAAAACUUCCUAAUCUUAAUGAACAACUUGAGAAGAGAAUAAAAAUUAAACAUGAAGAUUGUCGAUGUCGCCAACCUGCCUUGGUGGAAUAUCAGCUAUUGGAUAAAGUGAAACAACUGUCAACAUACGGUCAAAUAAAAUUUCACAUUAAAGAAACUAUAUCAAAUACCGCAUGUCAACUUUGUCUGGGACCAUCUGGUGUAAUUAUUGAAGAUUCAAGAAAAAAUCUGAUUCAAUUUUCCUGGCCACAGAUUACGGGUUUCAGUCAUAAGCACAAACAAAUUUUAAUUAAAAUUUUAAACGAGGGUACACGAUUCACAUAUCGUUGUUCUGUUGAUAAUUCUGAGACAUGUAAUUCCUUAUUGGAAACAUGCAAAAAUUAUUUAAACUUUUAUAGAAACGAAAUAUCUCAAAGAAUAAUAAAUGAACCUCAUCAGUCACUGGUAAACGGGGAUUUAUGUUCUAAUUCUACUGCUCAGCCAAUCUGUUAUACCAAUUCUUCAUUAGAUAAGACUGAAUCACCGUUUAUUGGAAAUGAAAGUAGUUUGUUACCUGAGUCUAAUAAUCCAAUACAUGUAACAGAUCCUGUCCAACCUGUUGCAAUUGUAGAUGAAACAAAUAACUGCAAGUCUAAUCGCAACCCAAGACCAUUAUAUUCAAGUCUUAUUGAAUUCAAUCCCGGUUACUUAAUGAAAUCACCUGUUCCCUCGAAUAUAAAUACAAUUCAUGAUUCCAAAUGUACAACAGAUUCAUGUGAUUUUCAUCAUCACCAUCAUCCUGCUUCACACUAUUAUUUCGACACAAACGUAAAUGAUUCAUACUAUAAUCAUUAUUACCAUCCUACUGCUAUUCCAAUCAAUCCAUAUCAUGUACGUGGUACAAGUGGUGUGUUUUAUCGUCCACGAGGCUGUGAAACUGUCACCGAUAUUGGUGAUCAUCCUCAUAUUUACGCCAACCGUCAUUCACAUUGUCCAAAGUAUAAUCACGCUCGUCUGAUUAUGAAUGAUCCGAAUGAAAUCAAAUUCAAACACCGUCGAAGAUCCUUUCCUAAAACCAAACAUUAUUUUAUUGAGGAAGAUUUUAACGAAGAUCAAUUUUUACAAAAGCAUUCUUCAUUAUGUCCAACACUACAUACUGACAAUUGUCAAUUUUCUCAGUGUAGAUCGAAUUCAGUGGCCAGAUCAUCAGCUUAUCGUGAGUUUCAUCAAUUGGAUACAAUACUACCGAUAACCACUUCGUCAUUUAAAGCAUCGCCUCAUGGUAGACCGGCAACUAGCAGAGUCCCAAGGCGAAGCCAUCGAAUUCUACCGAGACCAGUAAGUCGGUUAGACAGAUAUCCAGAACGGUGCUCGUCACCGGUGACAACUGAUGAUAGUCAAGAUACUAUUGAAAAUCAUGAAAGACACGAUGCUAAUAAUCUCCAUGAAGUGGAAAUUAAAAAUCACAACAAUAUUAAUAAUAACCAUGUCUUCCCUAAAAUAUCUAGUAAGCCUGUAACAAACAAAGAAGAUAAGUGUAAAGUAAACCAUGCCUUGGUGGCCUCUGUAGCACAGGCUUCUACUCUAAACAACUCACCGAAUAGAAAUAAAUUGGAUAAAGAAACACAUGAAUUGAUUCAAAUACGCUCAAAUGAACAAGGCAUGCAACCUAUUGCUUGUAAUUCUCCUAGAGAUUGUCUUAUUAAUUCAUCGAAAAGGAUUGCAAAUAGAAAGAGUCCUAUCAGUUCGUCACCACGACCACCUAUAUCAAUAACUAAAUCAAAUUUACAUCUAAAUUCUUGUGGAUCGAAUGGUAAACCAAGUCAUCAGUUUAAUUCUUCUUGGUAUCCUACAAAAUGUACAAUUAACAAGAAUGAUAAUGUUAUUGUUCAUCAUCAGCAUCCCAAUUUACCGAAUUUUUCUUGUACACGAGGAAGAGACGAUGGCAAAGAAGAAAUUAUUAGUAACAAUGAUGAUGAUGGUAAUAAUAAUAAUGACAGUAAUGAAAAUGAAGAAUAUUCGCAGGGUUUGACAGAUUUAGAACAUGGUUUAUUCAAUAUGAAUCAGUAUGCUACAACAAUGAAUCUAGGGACUACAUCAACAGAUACAUCAUUUUGUUCCUCAUCAAUGUACUGUGUCGAAGAAAGUGAAACCCCGAGUCUACUGAAAAAUUCUGAUAUUAAUUCAGAAUUAUGUGGAUCGAUUUGUACAUCUUUAAUGGAAUUUCAGUUGCCACCGACACCAAGUUCAAGUCAUAAUCAGAAUAGAACUAUUGCUAAUGAACGUGUUGAAGAAAGCAACUCUGAUUCUAAUCUUCCUUCUCCUCCAUCUAAUGAUUUUCUUUAUCAAUUGAGGAAAUACAAAUUAGACAAUGAGAAACAGAUGCUGGAAAGUAACUUUGAAAAUGUAAAUUGUUCAUCAAAUGUUGUUGAAAAUACAAGUAAUGAUACUGGAUUUUGUUCUCGAAGUGAAAAUAAACGAGGUCGUAGACUACCAUUAUUGCCCUAUGAAAGAUCUAUGCCAGAGCCAAUUCAUUCAGACAGAUCAAUCAUGGUUUCGCCAAUCGCAACAGCGACUUCAACAUCCUCAUCGUCACCAAAGACAAAAACUACAGAAAAAACAGAGUCAAUGAAAAUUAAUCGACCAAAUGUGACACAAUUUCUGUCACCCACUCCAUCACCUAGAAUGUCCAAAACUAUUGUAGAUCAUCGAAAACAUUCACCAUCAUGUACUAAUCCGAUGCAAGGAAUCAAUGAAACGGAAAUUUUUCUGCAUCCUGAUGAGGUUUCAGAAUGUGAUCUUGUUUAA